CGCUUGAAGAUGCCGGUGUUCUUCUGGACCCUCGCCCCCCCUCCAGUUCCUCUGGUCCUGGUCGGCGUGGUGGUCUUCUCCGUCGUUGGGCUCUUCGGGGACCCUCUGAGCGACUGCCUGCAGGACGACGACUACAGCGAGCUCCUGGACAUCGCGGUCGGAGGCCUCCCCGCCUCCAAGACGCCUCGCCACGUGGCGGUCAUCGGCGGGGGCGUGGCCGGACUGACGGCCGCCAAGGUCCUAGAAGACGCCGGACACAAGGUGACCAUCGUGGAGGCCAGCGACCGCAUCGGAGGCCGAGUGGAGACCGCCAGGAACCUCGCAGAAGGCUGGAGGACUCAAGGGUGGGCUCAAGAGGCUGGAGGACUCAAGCGGAUCCUGCUCUCCUUCGCCGCCCAGCUGCAGGUUCCCCUCAACCCGUUCCUGCAGGUCGACAGGAACACGUUCUACCUGCUGAACGGCGUGCGGCAGAAGACGGUCGCCGUGGGCAACGACCCCGACCUGCUGAACUACAACCUGAGUGCAGGCGAGAGGGGGAAGUCUGCCGCGGAGCUCUUCAGCCAGACGCUCUGGAAGGUCCGUGCAGGUGAAGGUCGACUGGGCUGCAGGGCCAUGAUGGAUAAAUACGAUUCCUACACAGUGAAGGAGUACCUGGUGAAGGUGGGCAACCUGAGUCGUGGAGCCUUGAGGAUGAUCGGAGACAUCCUGAACGAGAACAGCAUCUUCUACACGUCGCUGAUGGAGACGCUCUACAUCCAAUCAGACAUCAGCGACAGCAUCCAGUACUUCGAGGUGACCGGGGGCUUUGAUCUCCUCCCGAGGCUUUUCCACCAGGCGCUAAACGCCACGACCUUCUUCAACUCAAAGGUCAAGCGUAUCACUCAGACUGGCGACGGCGUGACGGUGACGUACGCGGACGGCGCCGGCGCCCUGACCGACCUGACGGCGGACUACGCUCUGGUCACGGCGUCGGCCAAGGCCGCCGUCUUCAUCGACUUCCAACCGCCGCUCUCCGCGGACAAGAUGGAGGCCCUGCGCUCGGUCCACUACGCCAGCGCCACCAAGGUCAUCCUCAGCUUCGCCGAGCGCUUCUGGGAGAAGGAGGGCAUCCGGGGCGGGAAGAGCAUCACGGACCGGCCGGCCCGCCUCGUCGUCUACCCCAGCCACGGCUUCCCCGGCACGGCGGCCGGCGCCCUGCUGGCGUCCUACACCUGCUCCGACGACUCCGCCCUCCUCCAGGGGCUGAGCGAGGAGGAGCUGAUGGCCGUGGUCCUGGAGGACCUGGUGAAGAUCCACGGGGAGCACAUCCGGGCCCUGUGGACCGGCGGCCUGGUGAAGAAGUGGGGCCUGGACCCGUACAGCCUGGGGGCCUUCGCCAUGUUCACGCCCUACCAGCAGGGCCAGUACGCCCAGGACCUGUUCCGGGGGGAGGGCCGGGUCCACUUCGCCGGGGAGCACACGGCCAAGCCGCACGGCUGGAUCGAGACCGCCAUGAAGUCAGCGCUGCGGGCCGCCAGGAACAUCAAUAACCUUUAGUUUGCACCCGCACCUCAUCGGACUGGACCGGUUCUGUUCUCGAGCUCAUAGGUUUAGUCUUUAGCUCAUAGGUUCUAGUCUCUAGCUCAUAGGUUCUGGUCUCUAGCUCAUAUGUUCUGGUCUUUAGCUCAUAGGUUCUAGUCUCUAGCUCAUAGGUUCUAGUCUUUAGCUCAUAGGUUCUAGUCUUUAGCUCAUAGGUUCUGGUCUUUAGCUCAUAGGUUCUGGUCUCUAGCUCAAAAGUUCUGGUCUUUAGCUCAUAGGUUCUGGUCUCUAGCUCAUAGGUUUGGUCUUUAGCUCAUAGGUUCUAGUCUUUAGCUCAUAGGUUCUGGUCUUUAGCUCAUAGGUUCUGGUCUUUAGCUCAUAGGUUCUAGUCUCUAGCUCAUAGGUUCUGGUCUUUAGCUCAUAGGUUCUAGUCUCUAGCUCAUAGGUUCUAGUCUUUAGCUCAUAGGUUCUGGUCUUUAGCUCAUAGGUUCUGGUCUUUAGCUCAUAGGUUCUAGUCUCUAGCUCAGUGGUCCCCAAACUACGGCCCGCGGGCCGAAUCCGGCCCGCCUCCCCAUUUGGACCGGCCCCCUGAACAAUACCAGAGACGCGUUCCGAUUAUUUCAAUUUUUUUCACCUGGCCCGCUGCCGUUGAGAUUGCAGUGAGGCGCGGAGAAAAUGUGGAGUGGUGCUCUUCGCAAUAGAACAUAUUUGAUGGGACGUGUCGCGUCUCGGCCAAUCAGCGUUCAGAUGUCCACAGCGUUUGGGAAGUUAGGUUAGCUUGUGCACGGUGUAGCGAUACUAACAAAGUACCCAUACGUUAAAAACGAUGUGAUUUCGCAUAUUUUUAGUAUCGAUACUGGCGCGCGCAUCGCUCAGCCGUAAUGCGCGUACACAGGUGAGCAUAUUCUCACCCCCCCCCCCGACUGGCCCUCCAGCAGACAAGGCAAACGUUAUGUGGCCCUCUUAGGAAAAAGUUUGGGGACCCCUGCUCUAGCUCAUAGGUUCUAGUCUUUAGCUCGUGGGUUCUGGUCUCUAGCUCAUAGGUUCUAGUCUCUAGCUCAUAGGUUCUGGUCUCUAGCUCAUAGGUUAUAGUCUCUAGCUCAUAAGUUCUGGUCUCUAGCUCAUAAGUUCUGGUCUUUAGCUCAUAGGUUCUAGUCUUUAGCUCAUAGGUUCUGGUCUUUAGCUCAUAGGUUCUAGUCUUUAGCUCAUAGGUUCUGGUCUCUAGCUCAUAGGUUCUGGUCUCUAGCUCAUAGGAUUGGUCUUUAGCUCAUAGGUUCUAGUCUUUAGCUCAUAGGUUCUGGUCUUUAGCUCAUAGGUUCUAGUCUCUAGCUCGUAGGUUCUAGUCUUUAGCUCGUGGGUUCUGGUCUCUAGCUCAUAGGUUCUAGUCUCUAGCUCAUAGGUUCUGGUCUUUAGCUCAUAGGUUCUAGUCUCUAGCUCAUAGGUUCUGGUCUUUAGCUCAUAGGUUCUAGUCUUUAGCUCAUAGGUUCUAGUCUUUAGCUCAUAGGUUCUGGUCUCUAGCUCAUAGGUUUGGUCUUCAGCUCAUAGGUUCUGGUCUCGAGCUCAUAGGUUCUAGUCUUUAGCUCAUAGGUUCUGGUCUUUAGCUCAUAGGUUCUGGUCUCUAGCUCAUAGGUUCUGGUCUUUAGCUCAUAGGUUCUGGUCUUUAGCUCAUAGGUUCUAGUCUCUAGCUCAUAGGUUCUAGUCUCUAGCUCAUAGGUUCUGGUCUUUAGCUCAUAGGUUCUAGUCUUUAGCUCAUAGGUUCUGGUCUUUAGCUCAUAGGUUCUGGUCUCUAGCUCAUAGGUUCUAGUCUCUAGCUCAUAGGUUCUGGUCUCUAGCUCAUAGGUUCUAGUCUUUAGCUCAUAGGUUCUGGUCUCGAGCUCAUAGGUUCUGGUCUUUAGCUCGUGGGUUCUGCAAUCUGGUCUCUAGCUUGUGAGAGUCCAGCGAAGCGAACACUGCCUGCUCGUUUUUUAUACUCUGUACACUGAACACAACAUUAUUUAAUAACGUAGUCACCGUGACUCACGUGAUUAAUGAGUUAUUGAUUCCACUCCUCCUUUGUUUCUUUAUAUUUAAUACUCAACUUUCUUUGCAGGGUUUGUCUAAAAAUAAUAAAAUAAUAAACAAAACAAAGCUGACGUCUUUCUUUCUGCUCAGGAGCGCCUCGUGUGGUCGGCUCUCGUCCUGCACUCAGAACAUAAACACACGCCGUCGUCACGGCAACAACGUUGGGUUUGCUCCAUGAAGUACGUCAGUGAGACGGUGACGAUACGGAACAACGCAUUUAAAAAGACGACGCUCAAAAGUUGCGUAAGCGCCGUCUCUUUAAAUUCUUCGCGGGCGCCAUUAAGCCAGUGUUGACACACCGGAGGCCGACGCCCAUUUCAGACUUGAGUUCCUCCGGCAGCCCAAAAAACGGCCCGAGAACGACUUCCUGUAUAUUUUCAAGUGACAACUUAUAUGUAAUUAGUCUUUUUGGGGUUUGUUAGUUUUUUGCUGUUGACAAAUGUUGUAGUCUUGGGGGCGGGGCCACUAAAGGGGCGGGGCCACGCCUCCCCACAGCUGGAUUCUUUCCCUUGUUUCACGCUACACAUCAGAGACAGGAAGGAGAACGUUUUCUCUCCUUAAGGAUGAAUUUUCAUCUCUCAAUCACACGUUACUAACUCUGCUUUCUCCCCGGAGUCCUUUUGACUUCACGUCUCAUGGGGUCAUCGGACCCUAUGAGACGACAUAGAUCCUAUCUGCCUGAUGGAUCGUCGAGGUCUGGGUCGUGGAAUUCCUGCUCCUGACUACGCCACUGUCCUGUUGAGACUCCGCCCACUGUUGAGACUCCGCCCACUCCUCCUCCCCACCGCCAUCUGCCUGAUGGAUCGUGGAGGUCUCCAUCGUGGAAUAUGCCUACUAUGAACUAUUCAUACACUCUGUCACAUUCAUUGAAUGUAUUUUAACUCUAAUCUGUCCUUCUGGUCACAUGACAUCUAUUGCAUCUGUCCAUCCUGGAGAGGGAUCCUCCUCUGUUGCUCUCCUCCAGGUUUCUUCCCUUUUCCCCCUGAAGGGUUAUUUGGGAGUUUUUCCUGGUCCGAUGUGAGGUUUUGGGGCAGGGAUGUCUAUGUGUACAGAUUGUAAAGCACUCCGAGAC